ACUUACUGACAAGGAUUUAUGUACUGUUACAUACUGUUAUACCUCUGUUAUCUGUAGAUAACAAAUUUUAAAUUUCACUUUCACCACCAUUUAUUUACAUUGCUGUAUAUAUAGAAAUUUUUAUACAGUAUUUUUUCAUCACAUUUUCUGCAUGAUACACCUUACUAGCAAUUUCAUAAGCAGAUUUACUGCUUUAUAAAUGCAUGAAAAUAUGCAAUAUACAAUUUUUGAUAUAAGAAAAAACUAAAGCAAUCUUAAAAGCCAUACUAGUAUUUGAACAAAAGUAGCGGUACAGUAGUACAUGUAUUUGCAAAAACUGAAGUAUAUUAUGUCCAUUAUUGUUCCCUAAGCUUUGUCAUUAAAUUUUCUGGCCAGCAAAUUUCAAUGACCUCCGUGUAAUAGUUUCCAGUUUUGUCAUACAUGUAAUAAAAAAUAGUUCAUGAAAGGAAAAUCCUUCUCCAACUGGGCAUAAAUAAAAUGAAUGAUAAUCCCUCGGAGGGGCGAUGUUGUAAAAACCAGACCAAGCAAGCCACAAUGUGGCUGGGGGGUGUAAAGUGACAUCCAGGGUCUCCAGCAACAAGGGAUGAGAUUAAUGUCCUGGCCAGCGAGGGACAUCAGUUUCGUUAUCACCAGCACUCUGACUCAGUCUAAGGGAGCUGACUUUUUGCCCAGGGCUUUUGAAGUCUGGUGACAAUUUCUUAUAAUCGUGACUGCUUCUGCAACACUGAGAGUCCGCACUUUGAGUGGUUUUUUUGGGGGGAGGAGUUGUUUUGUUGUUGCGCAAGAGAAAUCACAUGACCUAGGAUUCAGUGGAUAAUUUCCUCGUUUUUCUGCUGUUGUUGUUAGUGGUAGAGUCUGCAUCGGUGACAUUUAGAAGCUUGAUAGUUUGGCCUUGUAUUAGGGAGAUAAAACAAGGCUGGGAAUAGUUCAGGGUGUAAACUGGUUCUCUGGGGAACAUGGAGAGUGUUAAUAGAGACACCAUGGAGAACUCCAACGAUAAAAAUCUAUCAAAUGGAAUCAAUGGUAAAACCAAACCAGUAAAGACUGAAGGGAAAUUCAUAUCACAGAUCAAGAAAAAUCUAUCUCAGGGCAGAGACUUAGAGGGUGAUCAAGAGAACAGCCUUGCUGGGAAAAAACCCACAAAAAAUACAGAAAAGUCAAAGACAAGUAGUGGCUCGGUGUUCAGUCGACUUAGUGAACCAACAAUCAGUAGUGCCAAGAAAUCGGUAAAACCUGUCGAAACCGCAAAGCCAAAUUCUAUCAAAGGGGGUAAAACAAGUGUAGGUAAAGAUAGUCCCAAAGUGCCAGCUCCCAAAGAAAACACAGUAACCAAAAAGCAACCCCCUCCUGUUUCGGAGAGGCCAAAAAAGAGUCAAAGUAAAGAGGAAGUUGUAGAAAACAAGGGAAGCUCCAAAGAUUUGGAGAACAAACCUAAACAACAGUACACCAGAGAGGAAGAGGCAUUGAAAAAAGACUCUGAAAACCCCAUAGUAGAAGAGGUUGAACAUAUUGAAUAUCCAGAAAUCUUAGAAUUUAAUAAAGAAUUACUUCAAGAGGAAGAAAGAAGAGCUGCUCAGAAGGAAGAAACAGAGCAAAGACUUGAUUCUGACAGUCUCAAUGCAAAUAAUCCCAGUAGAUUAAGGAAAAUCUCUGAAGAUUCAGGGGACUCCUCAUCAGGCAGUUACCUGAAUUUAAAGCAGAAGUUUUUUGACAACCAGGAGACCACUUUUUGCACGUUGGACAUAAACAGUGAAAUGGCUACUGCUGCUGUCGCUCCACAAGAAGAGGAUGGGAUCCUCCCAAAUCCAACAGAAAGGAUUGUUAUAUCUGAAAAUAAGGUGAAAUACAUCAAUACCAAUUACAAGAAAGUCUCUGCAAAGAUGUAUGACUACAGAUGCGACAUCAAACUCAAGGUUGGAGACCAGAAUUUCAAAGCUCAUCGAGACGUUCUCUCUGAAGCAAGUGACUACUUCUCCGCCAUGUUUUCUCACAACAUGAAGGAGAAGGGACAGGAUGAAAUAGAAUUGAAAGACAUUAGCCCAAAAGGCUUUUCUGCCAUGUUGGAUUAUUUCUAUCAUGGUCAUGUGACCCUCGAGCCAUCAAAAGUGGAGGAGGUUAUUGAGGGUGCAAGGUUUUUCCAUGUGGAUUGGCUGUUAGAGGUUUGUUGUGAGUUUCUGAUCCAACACCUUAGUUUAGACAACUACAAUGCUGUGAUGGAAAUAACAGAUAAAUACUAUCUUGGGGAUCUGAGAUGGGACAUUUUUAGAUUCAUUGGUCAAAAUAUGGCAGAACUUACUCAACAGGAGAGCUUCUUUGAAAAUCUUUCAUUAGAACUUCUGCUGCAGUUUUUGAUGGAGAAUAUUUAUUCUGAAGCAUCUGAGUUCUAUCUUCUUGAUGUUGUGUUGAGGUGGGUGAAAACUGAUGAGAAAAAUAGAAAAGAACACCUGCUCUCUCUUCUUCGACAAAUCAGAUUUCAUACAAUGGAAACUGAAGAACUGGAAGCUCUUGCUCCAGAAGUGCUGGAGUUUCCGGAAAUCAGAGAUAUUGUGGAAGAUGCCAUGAAUUACUCGCUGAACAUCAUGGGGCAGUGCCUAAAAUAUGGAGAUAUGUACAAGCAGAGAGGGGCUCGACCAGUCAUUACUAUCUUAUCCUUCACUAAUGAUGGGAAUAUCUUAGUGUACAGAGACCCAUCAAAGUGUGGACUCUUUGUAGAAGAACUUGGUCCAUGUGGAUUGGACACUGCAUCAUACCAGGCCAUGAGUCAAGCCAAGAUCGGGAACUUUUUGUAUGCUGCAGGAGGCUAUGAUGAUAUGUACUGUACAGUUGGAAGAGUCUUCAUGUUUGAUCCAAAAUACAGAGGCUGGACUGAAGUAGCGUCAAUGAAUGAGCCCCGAGUUUCUUUUGCCAUGUGUAACUCUGAAAACAGGCUUUUCGCUGUUGGUGGAGUGAAUCACACUAUGAAUGAAGAGAGCAAGGAGGAGUCGGAGCAGGUUCUGGCUUCGGUAGAGAUGUACAAACCAGAAGAUAACACCUGGACCAACCUCCAGCCAAUGCCCAUUAAAUCUUCAGACCAGGCUGCUGUGUUCGUCAAUGGCUGUCUGUAUGUAACGGGCGGCAUCAGUGCUGAACCAGAGGAUCCGGUGCCACUGGAAUCCACAUGGUGUCUGAAGGUGGAUGGAUCAGAAGGAUGGGUCCCAAAGGCGAACAUGAUUAAUGGCAGACAGGGUCACAGCAUUACGGCUGUGGGUGGAAAACUGUAUGCUCUUGGUGGAUACACAGCAAAAGAAGACCGAAUCACGUUCACCGAACAGCUGAACUGUGAAGUGUUUGAUCUAGAAACUGGACAAUGGACAGAAAUUGCCCCCACCCCUGAAGCCUUUGGGCAUCUGUUACCUUACAGUGCUGCGUUGUUCGAUAAAGUGUUCCUGAUGGGAGGUAUUGACAAUAAUGUUAACCUAUAUAUCUACGAUCCGGAGAGUGACACAUGGGAAGAAGCCGAUGUGAUUGGGCCUAAUGUCCAAAAACUUGCCAUCCUGGAUGUAGCAUAUCCAUACACUUAAUGACUUCCAUUAGAAAAUUAGGUUUCCAAAUUCAUGUACUGUAAAAUGUGAUUUAUGAUGAGCCUUUAAUUAUCAGAGAAGUUGUAUACAUGUAAAUGAUUUUGUUAUAGCAUGCAAUGAUAGCAGUUAUGAUUUUCAGAUUUACUUAAAUCGCAUUUACAUGUAUAUUGUAAAUAUGUGUUAUUAUAUUAAUACUUUCAUGAUGUAUUCAGCAUGACUGCAGUUCAUAGAAUAAGAGACUGUUUACUUUUUGCAUUUUUCUGAAUAUAAUUUUUAAGUAAUGCAUACCGGUAAAUGUGGUAUAAAAUGGUUGUAAUCAAAAGUUUUCCUGCCAUAUUCCUUUACUUUUAAUCAAUGUCAUGUGACAGUUCUAUAAGUAUAAGGAAUGAUUUUAAGUUUUUUUCUCAAAGUUUUCUAUUGCCAGAUAGUUCAAACUUCAUUUAUAAACUAAUUCUGGUAUAUAUUCAGAUUAAAAAAAUACCUGGCUACCAGUAUGUGUGUAUAAUAUUGUAGUACAAUAUUUUCAAAGUUUUUUUCCUGCAUAAUUACGAUUGGUUGUAAAUGUUUUUAUGAUUGAUUUGUAUAGAUGUACUUAAGCUAUAUAUUUAUGCAAUCAUAUUUUGUUUUGUACCCAGCUUUUAUAGCACUUUCUUGCCAUUUCUACUGUAGUGAUUAUACGAAGUGUAGACUAUAAUUCUUGUACUGUAUCUCAGAUGCUGUUCAAAUGGUUUGCAAGCAUAUUUUUCACUUUUGCGUUUAUCUCAUUUCAAAUUGGUGU